AACAUUUUUGUAAUACAGUUAACUUCAAAAAUUUCAAAACUUAAAUUAAAUUACAAAUUGAUUGCCAGAUUUUAAAGUGCUUAGAACAACGAAUCUUUUCAAAAAUGGACACUCCUCGAAAAGAUAUUCCAUGCGCUGCUUCAGGUUUGAAGGUCUGUAAAAGUGGCAUGUCCUUUGAUAUUAUGUUUUCAUCGAAAUCAAAGCGCCAUGCGAACCGUCCUCAACUGUUUUCUGCACGUGAAAGAAAAACUCCAGUGUAUGGGUCUGAUGAAUCUGCUGUUAAUCGCAAGCAAUCCAAAGGGGAUCUUUUAUGUGGAUCUGCAAAAGAAUGUCAAAAUCAGGAAAUUGCAUGUGGCAAACACUACGGUGAAGGAACCUCUUCUAAAUAUGGGCAUGAUUAUCGUUUUCUAACUUUGGAUGCAUCCAAGAGUGAUAAGGGAAAAGAACGUGGCAGCGCCGAGGUGUCUGAUAAAAAGCUAGGUCGUGAGUUCCUAUCACCUCAAAUGGAAUAAAUCCGAUCAAGAUUUAAAUAAAAAAUUGAGCGUUCCAUCAAGAAAAAAGGCUAAGCAGGUAACUCCAAAACUUUCCAAUAACCAAUUGAUCAACGUCGUUAAUAACUUUUACAGAUAAUGUGCAAAACGCUCAAGAAGAAAUUCAAAAAUAUAGAUGUUGUAGGAAUCAAAUCCAUUUAGAGGACUUUGCAAAAGAAACUAUUCUAUUUUUUUAAUACAAAUUUUGUUAUUUUAAAAAAAUUUAUUUGUGUACCAAAAUUAAAUACAAUUUGAAAUACUAUAAAGUUUAGUUGGAA